GAGGGAGGGAGGGAACCGUGUCCAAAGUGCACGAAGGGCAGUGCUGAGGUACUGACAUCCGUGCUGGGACGGUCAGUCACCUCCAAAGAAGUGUCCAAACAAAACUAAACAAAUUAAUCAAAGCCCUCACGGACACCCAAGCUACUCUAAGAGCACGGCAAUCUGGGUGAGUUUAGCCCGGUCAGGUUUUCGCGCUGGUUAGCACAGCAGGGAGAAGGAAAGGAAACGCAAGCCCGAGCCUGGCGCAGGUUGUGGAGCUGGGCUUGGUUUGUUUUCUUGGUCAGAGGCAGCUGACUCUAUAUCGGGAAACAGCACGGCCCUCAGAACCGAAAGAGAAAGCAGAGAUAGCGAUCUUCACGUCACAAAACCAGGCUGGGGACAGCCCGCGGCCGGCGCAGCUCCGCCAGCAGCCGCAGAACCGCUUGCGUCCUAUCCCGGCACCACAGCCCUCCGCAGCGUGUUCCAGCUCCGCUCCCACCCACAUGGGCAGCCCGUUCAGAAAAAUGGGCAUCCUCCAUGUGAGCUUCCAGUCUCUCCAGAAGCCUUUUGAGAAGAAGCCCUCCAAGGGAGGCUACAAGAAGUGAGGGAAAAGCGACCAGGGGAAGUGGACAGGUUGGUAUCUGAUGCUGUGAGCCCCUUCCAUGCUGUGUGUGUGCUUCUCUUGGGAGAAAUUUGGGACUGAGAAGCUUCAUCUCUGUGCUCAUUAAACAGAGGUGCCCCACUUCCAAGUUUCCAGGGAGAGAUGAGGAGUGGGAGGGGAAUGCUGAAGGGUCUCUAGUCAGCAGCACCACCACCAGGCACUGAGUACAGAUUUAUUAGAGUCUCUUCUGGCACUCUAAAAACUCACAGGCUGUACCAAAUUCAUAAUCACCUUUGGCUGAUGGUCUAGGAGGAUAUCCAGGUUAUCACAGACUCACAGACUAUUCUGAACAGGAAGGGACCCAGAGUCCAAUUCUUAAGUAAAUAAUAUACCACUGGGUAAUAGGCAGUGGAAGGGGACAGUAGGGCCAAUGUGAACUUCUUAAAGGAAAGUGGUAAAUUAUUCUCAGCAGCUGAAGCUUGUCUGAGGGAGGAAGAGUUAAUUGCAAAGCCUCAAGCCCAAGGCUGGGCUUGAAGCCAAGGUCCCUUGAGUCCUGUGUUUGUGCCUCUCUGCAGACCUGGCUGGAGAGUGCUUCAAUGCCAUGUGACUCUGCAGGCAGUGAUAGCCUUUCCUGAUGCCAUUUCCCUGUUUUUCAGCGUGAAGCAGAAGCCUGCAGGACGGCACUAGAGGACAGUACACAUUCCGGGGAGAGGAGCAGAGUCGGCUUUGCCAACCAGGCUGGGAGAGGAGCAAGGUGGAUGGCAAUCACAGGCAUCCCCACAGCAGCUCUUACCAUGAUAGCAAGAAAGCAUGCAGGCACCAGGAUGGGUGUGCUGCCACAGUGGUGUGCCAAGAACCUGCUGCCCAUGCUGGCUUUACUGGAGGCUGUUGGGACCCUGGCCCUGAUGUGCUACGCUCUGCUGUACGAGGCCGGGAACCUGGUGAACCUCCCUGACAAAUGCAUUGGCUUCUACAACUUCUGCCUGUGGAAUGGUACAGCUGGGCAGCUGCAGUGCCUGGACACCCAGCAUCUGCAGGCAAUGGGCAUCAGUCCACUACAACUGGGACUAGCCAGGGUUUGUGUGUAUACCUGCCUGGUCUUCAUCCUCUUCCACAUCCCUUUUGUUUUAAAUGUGAAUUCCACAUUUAAAGGGCGGGGAGAGGGAUGGAAGAUGAUUCGCAUCAUACUCUUCAUCAAGAUGAUAAUCCUGUCUGGAGGCCUGGGUAUGUUUCUUUUGCAAACCUCACACUGGAUUCAUCCCUCUGAUUUCACUGGAGGCUUCCUGGCACUGCUUGGGACUCAGGCUCUGCUACUGCUCCAGAUUCUCACUGUCACUGUGUACCUCAGCUGGGCCAAGCACACACAUAUGUGUGAAAACCUCUUAACUGAGGAGGCCCUGCCCACUAAGAUCUGACAGUGAAGAAGAUGCAAGAGCUAUUGGUAACAUGAUUUAAAAUUGUAAUCCAUAUACAGCUUUACUCCCUAGCAAAAAUCUGAUUCCCAGUCCAAAGGCUCGUGUCCAGCCAUGCUCUGUCACAUUGCUGUGUGCAGCAUUCCUGCAUCAACCUGGCAGCAGAUGACAGCCACAGCACAGAAGCUUCCCAGGUACAACAGUGUGUAACAUCCCUCAGUUUGGGGCACAGCAUCAGUGACAGCACUUCUGGCCCCAAAGAGCAGUGAAGGUAGCAGAACCAGCUACCAGUGGGCACAGCCCUCUGUUCAUACCUAGUCUAUGUAAAAAAAGUUGCUAGUACCUCACAGUGUGUGAUUAAAUCUGCAAUUAACUAACAAAAUGCUUUUAAUACAUUUGACCCUACCAUAUAAAAAAGGGAGUUUGAAAACAGGAUCUGUACCUUAUGUUUAACUAGGAACUAACAAAUGUUCAGGAAAAUGUAACCAAGUAGGUAAUUUCUUCAUAACUAGACAGGAUACAUAUCACUUAAAAUAAACAGCCAAUCAACAACCAACCUUCAAGGCUGUGAUGAUACUUCUGUAUCGUCCGUCUAGGACAAUACAGAAGUAACACCAGAAAGAAGCAGGUUUGUAGUUUGAAAACAAGAUAACAGACUGAGCAUGCACCAAGUAAGCAUGCAAUAAAAGCACAAGUGAAGAAGACGA